AUGGCGGAACUUACUGAACGCGAGAAGAUGCUCCGAGGAGAGCUCUUUGUUUCCUUCACCCCGGACCUGAUUGCCGCUCGGAAUCGCUGCAAAUAUGCCUACACUCGAUACAACAAUGCCGGUGAAGUACCACGGAGACGUUUAGUCGAGCUCUGGAAAGAUGUCAUCGAGGACAAAACUCCUCUUCCACCACGACUGGAUGACCCCGUGGCAGACGACGAGCUCUUCAAAGACGAGCCCUGGAUUGAACCACCCGUCAAAGCAGACUAUGGCUUCAACGUGAUCAUUGGCAAAAAUGUAUUCAUCAACUCCAACUGUGUCAUGAUUGACAGCUUGCCCAUUACGAUUGGCUCCCGGACUCUGUUUGGGCCUAAUGUGAGCUUGUUCGCGGGUACCCACCCUGUUGAUCCGGCUGUGCGGAAUGGCAUGGAGGGUCCUGAGAUGGGAGCUCCGAUUACUAUUGGUGAGGAUUGUUGGAUUGGGGGUAAUGUUACUAUCCUUCCGGGAGUGACGAUUGGAAAGGGUUCGACUGUUGGUGCAGGCAGUGUGGUUACUAAGGAUGUGCCGCCCUUUCAUGUAGUUGCUGGGAACCCGGCCAGGAUUAUUCGGAAGAUUGAGACGACCAUGAAAGAAUAA